GUUAGUUAAACGUCUGCUAUGAUUAAUAUAUUUUUUUAUUCCUUCCUCGCUGAACGUGUCUGAACGCUGUAUGUCUGCCGUCGGAGGCCCAGCCUAGCCGAGCGCGGAGAGGCUCGUCACCAGAAGGUCAGCCUGCUGGGUGCUCCCCAAUCUUUUUUUUUUUUUUUUUUUUUGGUCACGAAAACUAUGAAUCGGGCAGAAAUACAAAAUGGCCCCUCUCCCUAUGACGGCCCCUCCUGCAGUGACGGGGCCCGAGGCGGAAGCGGAAAGGCGCAAAAAGCCCCUCAGGCCGCCAAGAGACCCUAUAUAAACAUAGAUUUAGCCGUUGGGACGUUCAACGUGGGUUCCUUGGCCACUGAUGAGUUAGUAGACACGCUCCUCGAGGAACUCAAAAACAUACACAUUGAUAUCCUUGCUAUAAACGAAACCAGACGGGAAGAAGAAGUUUCAUCCGAAUGGAAGGAUGGUUGGCAGGUCCUCCUUGGAGAGGGGAACGCAGGAGUUGGGGGGGUCGGGUUCAUGGUGGGCCCAAAGGCCACAAGGAAUAUAAUUUCAUGGUAUACGUGGUCAUCUCGCCUCGCGGUGCUUACGAUGAGAGUCAGCCGAGAGGCCACCAUGAAAAUCAUCGCUGCUUAUGCACCAAGAUCCAUAGCGGAGGAAGAGGAAGUAGACAAAUUCUAUGAGGAUCUUGAUAAAAUCCUCCAAAUUGAAUCAGCAUAUACUUUGAUACUUGGUGACUUCAAUGCAAAAGUGGGCACAGGAGAGGAAGGGGAAGAGUAUGUUGGAAGAUAUGGUUCUGGAUCAAGAGAUGAAAGAGGUCAAAGACUUGUAGAGUAUGCCGAAGCCUCACAUUUGUAUAUUAUGAAUACUUUUUUCAUGAAGAGAGUUGGAAGGCGCUGGACAUGGUCCCCAGAUGAGGUGGUGAAAGAAGAAGUUGAUUAUAUUUUAACAGACAAGAAACAACUGGUUACAGAUGUGGCAGUCAUUUCAGAAUCAGUUGUCUGUAUGCAGUCUUAUCACCGAUUGGUUCGGGCAAAGGUUAAAUUAAACACCAAAUUGGAAGAAAGGAUGAAGAUGAAAAGAAGGCACUGUGUGCGAUUACAGCAGCUUGAAGAGGAACUGUUUCAACAUACUGUGGAAUCUCAAAAUUGGGAAAUGAACAGAAAUAGAGACUAUGAUUCUGAAUAUGAACGGCAUUUAUUACAAAAGAUUAACCGAUGUAAAAAAAUCAUCACAAUGAAGAGACCAAAAGAGCCCAGAAACCGCCUUAGCCAAGAAACACUCAAUCUACUUGCUAAGAGGAGAGACAUGGCAGCUAGGGGUGAUAAGGGCCCAGAAUACAAGGCCAUUUGCAAAACACUACGGAAGAAGAUGACUGAAGAUUAUGAACAAUAUCGCCAAACUAGACAGCAAAAAGCAGUUGAAGAGAGAACAGUUCAUCAGAGAGGUUGGCGUGAAAACCAGCCAAAAUAUAGUUUCCAAAGAGAAUUUGCAGAGAGAAUCGGAAGAAGGACAGCAAACCGAUGGGAAAUAGAACAGACUGUUCCUGGUCGUCCAGAAACAGCUACUUCCCAAUCAGGAGGUAGUGGAGGUGAGCAGGGACCAGCUGAUCCAGAAGAUCAGGGGGGUGCCCACCUCAUUGAGACUGAAAAACUAUAAGAAUUCUUUGCUUAACUUCAGGCUCUUCCUUUGGCCGUUACCCAGUUUUUCUGACCCUUGCUUUGGCCUUGGACUGUUAAUUGUCUGCUCCCUUGGACUGUUAACUUGUUACUGACUUCCUUACCUUGAUACACAGAUAUAUCUCUUUACUUCUGGCCGUUGUGGAUUGUGUUUAACAACCUGGCCUUUGAUUUCAUCCACUGUGCAUACAACUUCUCUAACUCUGGUCCUUCAUAAACUAACUCUCAUUGCUUACUGUUCUUUCUCAUCUAUUUCAAACCUCUCUCUCCCAAAUGUAUCUAGGACAUAUUUGGAUAUAACUGAGUUAGAAAUGAAUCGGAUUCUUUCACAUCUGCAGAGGGCUGGGUCACCUUAAGUUUCUGAUGAAAAGUUGCUGUAUCAAUGGCUUUGGAAAAUUCAGUUGAUAUCAGGAGAAGCUACAUGACACAGUGA